UGCGGAGGUCUCAGGAGGACCGUGGUUGCUAGGGGCUGGAGGAGGCAAGGAAGCCUGGAAUCUGGUCAGCCCGAGCAGCCUGAGCAACAAGACUCUGCCCAUGAAUGGAGGAUGCCUAGUCCCUGGAGGGUAUGCAAGCCCAGAUGGAAACGCAGACCACGGAGAGAGAGGAAGCAAAAGCGGGGUAAAAGAGCAGGUAUUAGGGUAAGACUUUAUCUGUGCCCCUAUAGACCAGCGCUUCCCAGUUUAUUUAUGGCAAACGUAAGAUCUCUUACGAACAAAUUGGAUGAGAUCCAUGUGAGACUGGCAAACAAGUCCCCUUUAAAGACCUGCUCUCUCAUGAUUUUCACAGAGACAUGGCUGAAUGACUCUAUCCUGGACUCUGUAGUUCAGCUUACAGAUAGAUCAUUAUUUAGAUCAGACAGAACCAUGGAAUCUGGGAAAACGCGAGGAGGUGGACUAUGUGUAUACGUAAAUAAUAACUGGUGUACUGAUGCCAGUCUUGUUGCGACUUUUUGCUCUGUAAAUGUGGAAUAUAUGGUGGUAAAGUGUCGACCAUUCUAUUUGCCAAGAGAAUUUUCAGUGGCGUUGGUAAUGGCCGUAUACAUUCCUCCCUCUGCUCAUGUAGAAUCUGCAUUAGAUAUCUUGCACGCUGCUAUAGUUAAACUGGAAACUAAAUAUGUUGAGGGGGUUCUUUUAGUAGCAGGGGAUUUUAAUCAGGCUAGAUUGAAGGUAGUUUUACCAAAAUUCUAUCAAUAUGUUAAAGUCCCUACUAGAGGGGGAAAUGUGUUGGACCAUGUCUAUUGUAAUAUUAAGGAUGCUUAUGCGACUUUUAGAUAUCCCAAUAUUGGUCAUUCUGAUCACAUGUCCCUAUUUUUGGUUCCAGCAUACAAAACCGUAGUCCAACGGUUUAGGCCGACUAGUACUAGUAUUACAGUUUGGCCUGAGGGGGCAAUGCAGAAACUUCAGGAUGCUUUGGAAUUUACUGAUUGGGGGUUGUUCAUUGAAGAAUCAUUGGGGGAUGAUAAUAAUGUGAAUGUGGACUCCCUUACUUCCAUGGUCCUUGGUUAUGUGUGUUGUUGCAUACAGAGUGUAACAAUUAAAAAGUGUGUUCGUACUUACGCAAAUGAUAAACCAUGGAUAAAUGGUACGGUUCGAACCUUAUUAAGUGAGAGAGACAAAGCUUUUAGAUCUGGUGACCAAAAUGUUUUUAGGGCUGCCCGUCAAAAAUUAAAAAAGGGUAUAAUAGAGGCAAAAAGGGCCUUUUCUGUUAAACUCGAAAGCAAGUUUAAAAAUGAUAAAGAUGCAAAAAGUCUGUGGAAAGGUAUUCAAGAUAUCUCUGACUACAAAGUUAAUAAGAACCCCUCUCAUAAAGAGGCUGACAGUUCCCUAGGGGAGACAUUAAACAUAUUUUACUCUCGUUUUGAUAGCAUGGCUGUUUCCCCUGUAGACUGGGAUGGGAAUCUGGAGAACGCGGAGCCCCUGGUACUGGAUGAAUUGUCUGUCAGACGGUGCUUUGCCAGUUCUAAAUCAGGAGCUGUGAGGUGGGUGCCUUCUUGUAUCCUUGAUCAGCCUGAAAGAGGGAGCCUGCCUGGCACUCCUGCUCUUUUGUACCUCCCAGAUCUUCCUGACACGGAACCAAGUACCAGAGUGGAACUGUCCUAACUAAGUUUUUGGAGUCAGACAGAAGGCGCUCAACUAAGAGCCAGGAGAGAGCGCCUGUACUCGGUACCAUAAACUUCACACGUCCAGAUGCAUCCGCACAUCAUUCAAGCCCACUUAUCUAAAUAAAUAAAGUCUCUGA